AUGGCACUAAGUGGAAACUGCAGAACUUAUGCCCCACCUAGAGACCAAGGGACUAUCUUUCAGUCAUACCCAGAAGUAAUUGAAUUAAAUGUUGGAGGGCAAGUUUACUUUACACGCCACUCCACCUUGACCAGUAUACCCCAUUCACUUCUAUGGAAAAUGUUCACCUCCAAAAGAGACUCUAUAAACGACCUGGCCAAAGAUGCCAAAGGACGCUUCUUUCUUGACCGAGAUGGGUUCCUAUUCCGUUAUGUUCUUGAUUUUCUCAGGGACCGGCAGGUGGUCUUACCAGAUCACUUUCCAGAAAAAGGGCGUUUGAAAAGAGAAGCGGAAUACUUUUUACUGCCAGAACUAGUAAAACUCUUAGCACCUGAUGAAGUGAAACAAAGCCCAGAUGACUACUGCCACAGUGACUUUGAAGAAGCCUCCCAAGGUAGUGAAACCAGAAUAUGUCCAUCUUCAUCUUUAAUGCCUUCAGAUAAAAAAUGGGGCUUCAUUACCAUUGGUUACCGAGGAUCUUGCACGAUGGGUCGAGAAAGCCAAGCAGACGCCAAGUUUCGGAGAGUUCCAAGAAUUCUUGUUUGUGGUCGAAUCUCUUUAGCCAAAGAGGUUUUUGGAGAAACACUUAACGAAAGCAGGGAUCCAGACCGUGCCCCAGAAAAAUACACCUCCAGGUUUUAUCUCAAGUUCAAACAUCUAGAGAGAGCCUUCGACAUGCUGUCAGAAUGUGGAUUCCAAAUGGUGGCUUGCAACUCAUCCGUAACAGCUUCAUUCGUUAAUCAGUACACUGAUGACAAGAUCUGGUCCAGUUAUACAGAAUACGUUUUUUACAGUAAGUACCAGUUAAGCUCCAGAAUGAACCAACUUUAUUUAAGUGUAGUAACUCAUAGCAGCCAGUCAGAUUUCCCUUAUGUAGAGCAGGUAGAAUGCAAAAGUUGA